CCGGUUUUUUCCCCCCCGCAUCCCUCCCGCCGCGCCAGCCGAGGAAGCGACCGCGCUCCUGCCCGGGCAGAGCGGGAUCGGGCGGAGGCACCAGAGGCACCAGAGGCACCGUCACCUGGCGCUGCGGCGGGGGCGGGGCGCGGCGCUGUGUCUGCGGCAGCUCCGGGGCGCUGCUCGGCCGCUUAAAGCAGAGGAGCCGCCAGCCGGGAGGGGCGUUCGGAGCAGUGGCGGCCGCAGAGCGAGGGGAAGGCAUGGAGGGCAAGGAGCUGGCGGCCGGGUCCGCGGGGGAUGAGGGCUCCAAGGAUGCGCUGGGCAAGCCGCUGGGUCCCACGCCGAGCCAGAGCCGCUUCCAGGUGGAUCUGGUGGCCGAGGGGCCCCGCAAGUCGUGCGGGGACAUCGGCGCGGUGGGUAAGGGAGGCGAGGAAGCCAAGGGCAGGUUUCGGGUGAACUUCGUGGACCCGUCGGCUGGCGGCGAGAGCCCCGGCGAGCCCGGGGGAGGCAGCUCGGAGGGCGGCAACGUGAGCGGCGUCCAGAACGGCGGCGACACGGUGAUGAGCGAAGGGAGCCUGCACUCGGGCGGGCACCACCACUACUACUAUGAUACCCAUACCAACACCUACUACCUACGCACCUUCGGCCACAACACCAUGGACGCCGUGCCCCGCAUCGACCACUACCGGCACACGGCUGCCGACCUGGGCGAGAAGCUGCUCCGGCCCAGCCUGGCCGAGCUGCACGAUGAGCUGGACAAGGAGCCAUUUGAGGAUGGCUACGCAAAUGGAGAGGAGGGCACACCAGCUGGGGAUGCAGCUGCUGCUUACACACCUGACAGCAAAGGGGUGGUCAAGUUUGGCUGGAUAAAAGGUGUGCUGGUACGAUGUAUGUUAAAUAUUUGGGGUGUGAUGCUCUUCAUCAGACUAUCAUGGAUUGUAGGACAAGCUGGAAUAGGUCUGUCUGUCUUGGUUAUUGGAAUGGCCACUGUUGUGACAACUAUUACAGGACUGUCUACUUCAGCAAUAGCCACAAAUGGGUUUGUAAGAGGAGGAGGAGCAUAUUACUUAAUUUCCAGAAGUCUGGGGCCAGAGUUUGGUGGUGCCAUAGGUCUGAUUUUUGCGUUUGCCAAUGCUGUGGCAGUGGCAAUGUAUGUUGUUGGUUUUGCAGAGACAGUUGUUGAGCUACUCAAGGAAAAUGGAACGUUGAUGAUUGAUGAAAUGAAUGAUAUCAGAAUCAUAGGGGCUAUCACAGUGGUUAUACUGCUGGGCAUUUCCAUUGCAGGAAUGGAGUGGGAAGCAAAAGCACAGAUAGUCCUGCUGGUGAUCCUCAUAAUUGCUAUUGGAGACUUUGUCAUAGGAACCUUUAUUCCUCUGGAGAGCAAGAAGCCCAAAGGUUUUUUUGGUUAUAACGCUGACAUAUUCAUGGAGAAUUUUGGACCGGAUUUCCGACAAGAAGAAACUUUCUUUUCUGUGUUUGCUAUUUUCUUCCCUGCUGCAACUGGCAUACUUGCUGGUGCAAAUAUCUCGGGGGACCUUGCGGAUCCUCAGUCAGCCAUACCUAAAGGAACGCUGUUGGCCAUCUUAAUCACUACAUUGGUUUACGUAGGAAUUGCAGUAUCUGUAGGUUCCUGUGUAGUUCGAGAUGCCACAGGGAAUGUUAAUGACACCAUUAUCACCGAGCUGGCAAAUUGCACUACUGCAGCCUGCAAACUCAACUAUGACUUCUCAUCCUGUCAGUCUCAGGCAGGGGCAGGGUGUCACUAUGGGCUGAUGAACAAUUUCCAGGUCAUGAGCAUGGUAUCAGGAUUUGCACCGCUGAUUUCUGCAGGUAUUUUCUCAGCCACACUGUCAUCUGCAUUAGCAUCUCUUGUGAGUGCCCCUAAGAUCUUCCAGGCUUUGUGCAAGGACAACAUUUAUCCAGGAUUUCAGAUGUUUGCUAAAGGCUAUGGAAAGAACAAUGAACCUCUGAGAGGAUAUAUUCUAACAUUUUUAAUUGCUCUUGGAUUCAUACUAAUUGCCGAACUGAAUGUCAUUGCUCCAAUUAUUUCUAAUUUCUUCUUGGCCUCAUAUGCCUUGAUUAACUUCUCUGUAUUCCAUGCUUCUCUUGCAAAAUCUCCAGGUUGGCGCCCUGCUUUCAAAUACUACAAUAUGUGGAUUUCUCUCAUUGGAGCUAUUCUGUGCUGCAUUGUAAUGUUUGUCAUUAAUUGGUGGGCAGCACUUCUAACCUAUGUCAUAGUUCUUGGGCUUUACAUCUAUGUCACUUACAAGAAACCAGAUGUGAACUGGGGGUCCUCAACUCAAGCCUUGACUUACCUGAAUGCACUGCAGCAUUCCAUUCGGCUCUCAGGAGUGGAAGAUCACGUGAAAAACUUCAGACCUCAGUGCUUAAUUAUGACAGGUGCUCCAAAUGCACGUCCAGCUUUGCUUCACCUUGUCCAUGCUUUCACCAAGAAUGUGGGCUUGAUGAUCUGUGGCCACGUACAUAUGGGUCCUCGGCGGCAAGCCAUGAAGGAGCUAUCAACUGAUUUGGCUAAAUAUCAGCGAUGGUUAAUUAAAAACAAGAUGAAAGCUUUCUAUGCACCAGUGCAUGCAGAGGACUUGAGGGAUGGAGGACAAUACUUAAUGCAGGCUGCUGGUUUGGGUAGAAUGAGACCUAAUACCCUUGUUGUUGGAUUUAAGAAAAACUGGAGACAAGGUGAUAUGAGAGAUGUUGAAACCUAUAUCAAUUUAUUCCAUGAUGCCUUUGAUGUUCAGUAUGGUGUAGUUGUCAUUCGCCUCAAGGAGGGCCUGGACAUUUCUCACCUUCAGGGCCAAGAUUUGCUGUCAUCCCAAGAGAAAUCUCCCUGCGCCAAGGAUGUCAUAGUAAAAGUGGAUUACAGCAAGAAGUCUGAGACAGACACUUCGAUAGCUUUUGCUCCAUCAUCCAGUGAAAGAACUCCCACUCCGCGCAAAGAUGAGGAUGAGGAUGGAAAGACUCCAACACAACCACUGUUGAAUAAAGAUUCAAAGAGCUCAUCCUCUCCUUUAAAUGUGGCUGACCAAAGACUUCUUGAUGCCAGUUCUCAGUUCCAGAAGAAACAAGGCAAGAGCAAUAUUGAUGUCUGGUGGCUCUUUGAUGAUGGAGGUUUGACACUGUUGAUUCCUUACCUUAUCACAACCAAGAAGAAGUGGAAGGACUGCAAGAUCAGGGUGUUCAUUGGUGGAAAAAUAAACAGGAUUGAUCAUGACAGAAGGGCAAUGGCUACUUUGCUCAGCAAAUUUCGGAUAGACUUCUCAGAUAUUAUGGUCCUUGGGGAUAUUAAUACUAAGCCAAAGAAAGAAAAUAUUGCAGCUUUUGAGGAAAUGAUAGAGCCCUUCCGACUUCAUGAGGAUGAUAAAGAACAAGAAGUUGCAGAUAAAAUGAAGGAAGAUGAACCAUGGAGGAUAACAGAUAAUGAGCUUGAGCUUUACAAAACAAAGACUUACCGACAGAUCAGGUUAAACGAGUUGCUGAAAGAACAUUCAAGUACAGCUAACAUAAUUGUCAUGAGCUUGCCAGUGGCACGGAAAGGGGCAGUUUCCAGUGCACUGUACAUGGCCUGGCUGGAAGUUCUCUCUAAAGACCUGCCACCAAUCCUCCUCGUUCGUGGGAACCAUCAGAGUGUCCUCACCUUCUAUUCCUAAGAGUGCUGCACGUGGCACAUCCGUGAUGAAAUGGUACUUGCAGUGCCCAGGGGAGAGUGACUGCCGUGGUCUAGAGCUCAUUAACAUCACAAAGGCAAAAAGUAAAAAGUGACUCUUCUUUCACUAUUUCACUGACUUGAAAGCACACAAGGAAAGUCACUGUAUUUCUAAAGUUGUGACAUCUUCAGUUUUAUUCUAUAUUUUCUGUAAUUUAAUCUUGCUUAAUGGGGGAGGAUUCCUUGUUAGACUGAAGAACAAGAUGAGCUCUUUGUUUGCUAUUUGAAUAGCAGCAAUAAAAUGUUGUAUUUUUGAUCAAUGAAAGGAUUAUAGAUUUAUAAAAGCCUUUUAGCCUUGAGGUGCCUUCUGAAAUUAACCAAAUCUCACCCAUACAUCCUAUUUUGUAAAUUUAUAUAGAAUGUCAAAAUCUGCCUUCAACUAAGAGUUUCGAUCAGACUUCCUUUAGUUCUUAGUCUAUUCCAUAUUACAAUAAAAAUGAAUGCUGCUUUUCAGUCUUCCAUUGAGCUAUUAGUUCUUAGUACUGUAUGUUUUUUAUCAUCAGAAAGUUUUUGGGUUUUUUUUUUGGUUUUUUUUUUUUUUUUUUUUUUUUUUUUGUUUGUUUUUUUUUUAAAUUAUUAUAUCUGUUAGAUUUAAAGGUGGGAAUUGGGGCAGGUCAAUUGAACUAAAGCAAAUCCCUGAUGUUACUGCCACUAAGUUUUGUAACAGUUAAAAUAAAACUAGUUCUGCUUGUAGAGAGGGUCCUUUUUCUCAAAUUUGACAGUGUGUCCAACUUUGGCAGUAGUCUGAGACAGACAGCUGAUUUUAUCUACCUUGGCAGAGGGUAGUAUCCUUAAUCUUAGCUCUGCUGUGGAAUCAAGCUCAUCUUGCUGGCUGAGGCUGCUUAUCUUAAUACAAAUUGGAAGAAAAUAAAAGACCUGUCCUAGUUCUUGGCCUCUUACGUUUUAGUGUCACUUUCAACUUAUUUCUGAAAUAAAACUCGACUUAAGGCUUGAAUGGGGAUAAUAAAAGCAAUGUGAUGCUAUCUAACAGAAAAUAGUAAACACUAUGUGGAAUUGUACUAUCCAGUAUGAAAUGUAAAAGCUGCAGUUCUCCCGCAUUUUUCAACAAAUGGUUAAACGGACCACUGAAGUUCUUAGGGGAGAUGUUUUUAGGUCAAUUCAUUCAGUUGUCAGAAAAUGAAUUUAGUCUUAUUAAAUAAUACUCAGGUUUUAUUGUCUACCAAUUUUUAUCUAUUCCAUACAUCCUACUUUAUACAUUUUCCAUGUUAAAUAAACUGCCAGUCUUGUGUCCCCUUUCAUUGUAUAUUUUGGAAACUUCAUCAUUUAGUCUACUGCAAACACCUGCAAAAAGAAAUUUCACUUGAGCCUUUGUAUAAAGGUUAGUAAUGUGAACUGUUUUUUAAAUUCCUAAUAUUUUUUGGAUAGAAAGGAUUGCCUAAAAACAUUUCACAAGCUUUUGAUAUUAGCAUUGGACAUGCUACUGGAUCAGUUUACCAGUGGGUGAGUGACUUUCAUUUAAGGAUGCACAGAAAAUGUUUUUUGGGUUGUUUUUUUGUUUUUUUUUUUUUUUUGUUUGUUUUUUUGGUUUUUUUUUGUUUUUUUUUUUUUUUGUGUUUUGGGUUGGUUUUUUUUUUUUAUUUUUUUUUUUGUUUGGUUUUUGGGGUUUUUUUUUGUUUGUUUUUUUUGUAUUUUUUUUUUUUAAAUACCGGAUCAAAUUGAAAUGCAACUGUUCCUUUUGAAGGACAAAGUAUAAUCAUUGCGUGGCAAGGUAGACCUUCAGCUUCUUGUGAUUAAAGAUAAAAAUAUACUGUGCAGUGUAGACUCAUGUCAAGUUCUUGGUAAACUGCAAAAAAUCCUUUCUUUUUUUUUCUCUUUUUUUUUUUUUUUUUUUUUUUUUUCUCUUCUGUCAAUUGGAUUUGAGAUUAUGGAAUCAUUUCACUUUUUCAAAACUUCUAAAGGAAAACAAACAUGCAUGUCUUGAUGCUAAGUGUGAGAUAACUGAUGCCAGCAUGAACACAGCUUGUUAUGAUAAAACAUUGUAAGACAAGACAGACAGUGUGGGGUCGAAGCGAUGUUUCCUUCCAGGUGAGGGGACGUGGAUCAAACUUACCAACAUAAAUAUCACAGGUUUUACAGUGUUUUGUAGGGGAUAAGGUGGUCACAUUGUGCAUAUGGAAUCAUUGCCACAUUUCUCUUUGUUUUGUGGGUAACAUUCUUUUGAGCAGAUGGACAGUUUGGCAUGGACUUAUGCUGCUAUCUUAAAAAAAUACAAAAAAACAAAAUGUGCACAGGUACACUUAUUUAAAAAGGUUUAUUUGCCCAUUCAGGAAACCAUUGCUUGUGAUCUGUAACACAACACAGAAACCAAAUGAAGUGUGUGUAUACAUGCAUAUAUGUGUGUAAAAUUAUAUAAAGUAUAUCUAAAUAUGCAUAAUGGGGAUAGUUAAGGUCAUGUCUGUGAAAUACCAUAGGAUGCUUUUCACAUGCACUCUCAGGAGUCCACUAAUGCUAGAAAUGAGGGCAAGCUCCAAGAUUAUUUGCUCACUUAAAUUUGAACAGUUAAUGGUAAUUGUCUGCAACAGAUGUCAGUUAGUGGCAGUCACUCCAGCUCAUGCUUUGAUUUUUGAAGCCAAAUUUACUUACGUUCCAAUCAUCAUUAAUUACUUGGAAAAUUAAAUCACUUACACAUGGCAAUUCAUACCUUCUUAGAGAUUAGGUUCCUUCGUAUGGGUUUAGAAAGACAAUAAUAGCUGGUGAAAAUCAAUUAUUUAUUUGUUCACUUGUAUUUAGGUUUCCUUUUACAUACAUUCUUUUUGUAUGCUUUUUUCUGACAUUUUACAUAUUUAAAAAAAAAUAACUGAAAAUAAUUUAAAAGAUUUGAGCGUUAGUGGGUCGUGGCCCGCUUGGUUUGAGGAUGUAAGAUUUGACACUGUACUGUAACUGUCCCACACAAAUGCUUUUCUAAUGUUUUAACGUAAUUAUUGCAGUUAAUACUUUGUACCAGGGGGAUGUCACUGCAAUAAAGGAAGUGAAUUCAGUACAA